UGAGCAGUAUCUUCCUGUCAAUCGCUGUUGAUAACACAGCCGAGUUGUAUUAUUUACGAGUGCGAAUUUCUUCGGAACAAAUGUUUAAGAACUGUGGUGUGUUCGAAUGAUUUCAGAGAAUGGUCUGCUUCAUUUUAAUACAAGGAUUUUUAUAUGGUAUUAACUUGAUUUUGACGUUUGUUUACAAGUCGUAUUCUACUUCCUCAUCAGAUGUUUAUGCGUCAUAUGUACAAGAGCUGUGCGUAGAGGUCAGGAUAAAGACAAUUUGAUUCUCCGUGCACACGCUAAGAUGUACUCUAUGUGGAUCCAAUAUUGCUUGUAUGAGUUUGGACGGAUGACAGUAAUAGUUAUAGCAUUGUGUGUGUUGAUCUUUUAUCUACUGAAAUGGACAAGAAACUCUCAGUUCUUUCAAAUGAUGAGAAAUGUCAAAUCCAAAACAUCGCUACAUAGAUACAAGUCUACUUCAGAAACUUCUAACCUUGCCCGGGUAGCAAGACUGAUCCUUGGUCCAUGCACAGAUCUGCUGCGUGAUAUUCUAAGAGGGAAAAUCUCGCCUUCCAUUUUAUCGAAAACUGUCAAAACUUGGAUUGAUGAUCUAAAAAAGAAGAAAUUAAAAAAUCCUUUAAAUAAACAACAAGUUGAUCUCAUAUUCCCCCUUCCAACCAAACAAUAUGGCGGGGAUUAUUCAGAUUUGGACAUAAGUUUACUGUACAUUCUCCUACGUAACGUGUGUAAAAUAACUCCACACAAUAAGGGAUGGGGAAAAGAACCCGAUCCUACGGACAAUAGUGUAUCUGCCAACAUAGAGAGAAUCAGACUGAUAAGAAACAAGUACUAUGGACAUGCAGCAGAUUUCUCUCUCAAAGAAUCAAACUUCAUAAAGGAAUGGCAAAACAUUUACAAUAUUACUGUUGAGUUAGAAAGACACUAUGGAACCUCCACUGUUUACCAAGAUGCUGUGAACGAUAUAAGAACAUGUUCCAUGGAUCCCGAAAAAGAGGCCAAAUAUAUUGAUAAACUUUUACUUAUUGAUGAAUUGUGUGAAACGGUUAAGAGUCACUCGGAGGAAAUUAAGAAACUACAGCAAGAUGUCCUUCCAAAUGUUAAGGAUGAAAUUAAGAAACUACAACAUGUCAUUCCUCGAAAUGUUAAGGAUCUUCACGAGGUACAAUUAAUGCAAUGGAGCGUAGAAGAUGACGUUUACAGUGAAACUCACACUUUCCUGGAAAUGCUGAACAAAGUUAGGGGACAACCUUAUAUGACAUUUGUUGGAGCCCCAGGGACCGGGAAAUCAGCAACGAUUCAUCACAUAGCCCUGAUACUCCAGGAGGAAGGUUACGAAAUUAUACCUAUAAUUGAUAUAAGUGAGAUUUAAAAUUAUAUGUGACUCAAAUAAUCCUCAGGUUUUUGUUUUCGAUGAUGUGGUAGGUGUGUUGGGUCUUCAAAAACAAAAGAUAGAGACAUUAGUAGACUAUGAAAAAAUUAUUUCAGAUCCCUCAAGAAGUACAAAAUUACUAAUGUCAUGUAGGGAAGCAGUGUUUAAUGAAUGUUACGAAUCUUUUUUCACAAAUGAGGAAAAUACAAUCAAAUUGUGUAGUUCAGAAAAUGCAUUGACUGGUGUUGACAAAAAAGCUAUUCUUCAGAA